CCUGUUGGUAUAAUAGUGGUCCAUUUUGACAGCCAGUGAACGACGUCGCUUACGAAGGGGAAGUAAUAAGUGCUCCUUCAGAGACACCACCAAACAGGAAGUUCCGUCUCUGAAUAGCAAUGGCAACCAUACGAAUGAUAGAUAUAGCUGUGAACUUCACAGAUGGAAUGUUCAAAGGAAUCUACAAUGGGAAGCAGUACCAUGUAGCUGAUAUAGCCAAUGUGUUGAGCAGGGCUUGGAACGCUGGUGUAGAUCGAAUCAUUGUGACUGGUGGGUCCCUUGAGGAAUCGAAGGAAGCUCUUGCCAUUUCCGAGACUGAUGGAAGGCUUUUUUGUACGGUUGGAGUCCACCCAACAAGGUGUAAGGAGUUUGAAGAGAGUGGGGAUCCAGAAAAGCAUUUUCAGGCUCUCUUGUCAUUGGCCAAAGAGGGAAUGCAAAAAGGAAAGGUGGUGGCUAUUGGUGAGUGUGGACUGGAUUAUGACAGGCUUCAUUUUUGCCCACCAGAUAUUCAAAAGAAGUACUUUGAGAAGCAGUUUGAAUUAGCACAUGCCACAAAGCUACCAAUGUUUCUACAUAUGCGUGCGGCUGCGGCAGAUUUCUGUGAAAUUGUAGAACGUAACAAAGAAAGAUUCAGUGGUGGGGUCACUCAUUCAUUUACUGGUAGUGCAGAAGAUUGCGGAAAACUUCUUUCAUUUAAUAAUAUGUAUAUAGGUGUAAAUGGUUGCUCUCUGAAAACUCCUGAGAAUCUUGAUGUUGUGAGCGGUAUCCCUGUUGAGAAAAUGAUGAUUGAAACGGAUUCUCCAUAUUGUGAAAUCAAGAAUAGUCAUGCUGGGAUUAAGUUUGUAAAAUCUACUUGGCCUUCUAAGAAGAAAGAGAAGCAUGAGCAGGAUUGCAUUGUCAAAGGUCGUAAUGAGCCUUGUUUAGUUCGGCAAGUUCUUGAGGUUGUGGCUGGAUGCAAAGGCAUCACUGAAAUAGAACAAAUGAGCAGGACCAUUUACCACAACACCUGCAGGGUUUUCUUUCCCCAAGAUUUGGAUUCUGCUGCAGAUGCUCUUCUUUCAGGUCAUCUUGAUUCUCAAUGAACUUCUAGUGGUUUUACUUGAGCCAUAAAAAGAAAAAUUCCCAUUAGUGCUUCCAUCUCAUGAUAUCUUGUUGUAGCGACAGCAUUGGCAUCAUCUUAUGAAGGUUACAUAUCUGCCAGGUGUCUGUUUUUUGUUUCUCCGGUUUUUUUUUUUGAACUGCCCAGCGGUUUAGGAUGGGGAGGAUUUCUCCUUGCAUACUUUUCAGUUAACUGUUGAUCAGCAAAUUCACUUGUACAUGUGACAAUACACAUUGACUUGUACCGAAACAACAACGCACGUGAGAUUCUAUAGAUGGGUGGAUACUGUCGCGGUUCACGUUGCCAAUAGCGACCCUUGAAAUUA